CGUCAUGACGCAACGUACGAUGGGUGACGCGGAAUGAGCGGGACGGUUUGCGGCCCUUGGAGCGCUGAGUGGGAACGGAGAAAGCGGAAUGGCUCCAUCACCAACCAAGCGUAAAGAACACACUCAAGAGAAAUCCAAAGACAGGAACAAGGAGAAAUCCAGCAUUAAGGAAUCAAGUGAGAAAGAACGAGGUCGUGAUAAGACCCGCAAGAGGAGGAGUGCCUCAACUGGGAGCAGCAGCACUAGUUCUAGCUCCAGUUCGGGAUCCAGUUCCACCUCUGCCUCCAGCAGUGGAUCGAGCUCAUCCUCUGCCUCCAGUCGCUCUGGAAGUUCCAGCAGUUCCCGCAGCUCCAGUUCCAGCUCUUCCUCCGGAUCUCCGAGCCCAUCCCGGCGCAGACACACCAACAGGAGGCGUACUCGUUCAAAAUCUAAAUCCCCAAAACGAGAUGACAAGGAAAGAAAGAAAAGGAGUCCAACACCCAGACCGACCAAAGUGCACAUCGGCAGACUGACCAGGAACGUGACCAAGGAGCACAUCAUGGAGAUCUUCUCUACAUACGGGAAGAUCAAGCUGAUUGACAUGCCAUUGGACCGCUCGCACCCCCACCUGUCCAAGGGUUAUGCUUAUGUUGAGUUUGAAAACCCGGAUGAUACAGAGAAAGCUCUGAAGCAUAUGGACGGAGGUCAGAUCGAUGGCCAGGAAGUAACAGCAACUGCCGUGUUGGCUCCUCGACCCAGACCUUUACCACGACGGAUCACUCCACCACGUAGGAUGCCACCACCUCCUCCCAUGUGGCGCAGAACCCCACCACGAAUGAGGAGAAGGUCCCGAUCACCUCGCAGGCGAUCUCCGGUCCGCAGACGGUCUCGGUCACGAUCACCAGGACGGCGGCGCCAUCGCAGCAGGUCCAGCUCCAACUCCUCGCGAUAAAGACUGUGAAAUCUCAGGGGAUUCUAUCCCCAUGCAAAAUAUUGAAAUGGAGGCUCAAAAAUAUAUCGGAAAUUUAGUGAACUUUUCCCAUCUUAAACUCUGUUCAGGUUGUGUUUUACUUCAGUUCUGUAAUUAAGUG